CCUGCCACUCGACCUCGAGCGCCUGGCAGAGAGGCCCCCUCCUGGACCUGCGGGUGCAGCAGCCAUGUCUCACAGGAAGUUCUCCGCCCCUCGGCAUGGGCACCUGGGCUUUCUACCCCAUAAACGGAGCCGGCGGCAUCGGGGCAAGGUGAAGACAUGGCCUCGGGACGACCCCAGCAAGCCUGUGCACCUCACGGCUUUCCUGGGCUACAAGGCAGGCAUGACCCACACGCUGCGAGACGUGCACCGGCCAGGACUCAAAAUCUCCAAGCGGGAGGAGGUGGAAGCAGUUACCAUCGUGGAGACCCCGCCCCUGGUGGUGGUGGGCGUGGUGGGCUACGUGGCCACGCCCCGGGGCCUUCGGAGCUUCAAGACCAUCUUCGCUGAGCACCUGAGUGAUGAGUGUCGCCGUCGCUUCUACAAGGACUGGCACAAAAGCAAGAAGAAAGCCUUCACCAAGGCCUGCAAGAGGUGGCGGGACGCCGACGGCAAGAAGCAGCUCCAGAAAGACUUUGCAGCCAUGAAGAAGUACUGCAAGGUCAUCCGGGUCAUUGUCCACACCCAGAUGAAGCUGCUGCCCUUUCGGCAGAAGAAGGCCCACAUCAUGGAGAUCCAGCUGAACGGGGGCACGGUGGCCGAGAAGGUGGCCUGGGCCCAGGCCCGGCUGGAGAAGCAGGUGCCCGUGCACAGCGUGUUCAGCCAGAGUGAGGUCAUCGAUGUCAUUGCCGUCACCAAGGGCCGGGGCGUCAAAGGGGUGACGAGUCGCUGGCACACCAAGAAGCUGCCCAGGAAGACGCACAAGGGGCUGCGCAAGGUGGCCUGCAUCGGCGCCUGGCACCCUGCCCGCGUGGGCUGCUCCAUCGCCCGUGCUGGCCAGAAGGGUUACCACCACCGUACGGAGCUCAACAAGAAGAUCUACCGCAUUGGCCGCGGGCCACACAUGGAGCAAGGGAAACUGGUCAAGAACAACGCGUCCACCAGCUACGACGUGACCGACAAGUCCAUCACACCGCUGGGUGGCUUCCCCCACUAUGGAGAGGUCAACAACGACUUUGUCAUGCUCAAGGGCUGCAUCGCUGGCACCAAGAAGAGGAUCAUCACGCUGAGGAAGUCCCUCCGGGUCCCCCACAGCCGCCGGGCCCUGGAGAGCAUCGAGCUCAAGUUUAUCGAUACCACGUCCAAGUUUGGCCAUGGCUGCUUCCAGACUGCCCAGGAGAAGAGGGCCUUCAUGGGCCCCCAGAAGAAAGAUCUCCAGAAGGAAACUCCAGAGACUUCCGGAGAGCUGUAGGCGGUGUCCCCAUCAGCCCUUCCUGUCUAAUAAAGCUUGGUGGCAACGCA